AUGCCCACCGCCAACGCACCAUUCUCUCUUCUCCUCCUCACCUUCCUCCUGAUCACCACCCCACUACCCUCAACUUCCCUCCCCUUCGCCCAAUACCAAACCCUCCUCUCUCUCUCCCACUCUCUCACAACCCGCGUCGCCAUCCUACGCGCCUCCCGCGGCGACGUCGAAGGGUCUGCCCGUGCCAGGAAAGUGGCCCAACAGCUGGAGCGUGGGCUGGGGCUCGGCUUCUACGGUCUUAUAUGGACCAUGGGCUGGGACUAUCUGAAGAACUACGCGUGGAGAGACGCUACGACGUCGUUUGAGAUGCUCAGUUCUUUGCCGGACUUGAACGAGUUGAUGAGAGCGGUGAAUGAGUUGACUCGGUUGGAGUCGCAGAUGGAGAGGGUGGCCUGGCUCCAUCGAAAUUACAAGGAUGCCCUUAGGGUGUCUAAGUCGCUGUUUGGAAGGCUUCUCAAAGUGUUUAGUCAAUCGGGACCAUUGCGAGGAGUGGUGGAGGCGAUGCAGAGAGAAGUGGUGGAGGGUGACUUGCUACGGGACUUCCUUGAAGUGGGAAGUAAUGACUUGAAGGGUUUGAUUCAAAUCUACAAAAACAUUGCUUUGCAAUUCUCCCCAACUGCUGACAGGACUGAUUUAUGA